AUGGCCAAUGCCGAUCUCCUGGGGCGUUUCGCUGGGUCGUUCGCGGCUCAGCGACCAUCCCGAGCGACGAAUUUAGAGUUCGCCAGUCUCGUUAACGCUGUCCUCGCCUCCCCCUCCCUCCUCUUCUUCCUCCUCCUCGCCUCCCCCUCCCUCCUCUUCUUCCUCCUCCUCGCCUCCCGCUUCCCCUUUCUCCUCCUCCCCUUCUUCCUCCGCCUCUCCUGCCUCUUACUCCCCUUUUUCCUCGGGGCUUCCGCGUUUCUUUUCCGCAAAUCUGCCCCCGACAAUGGUGAGGAGUUUUAUAUCGAGGACACGGAUCUUUCUCUAAGAUCGCCUAACGGCAGUGCUGUGAGAUUGGUGGGCUCCGAGGCGUCUCAUAUGACUCGAUCGCUGCGCCUUCGACCCGGUGACCUAGCCGAGCUGUUUGAUGGCCAGGGAUCCAUCGUGACCGUCCGAUUGGAGUCGAUCGACCGCCAGCAGGGCCUUGUUCUCGUCGCCAUGGAAGCUGCCCGGAAGGUUCCUUUCUCCGGUCCCCAGUGGACGGUGGUGGCAGCUUGUGGCAUGCUGAAGGGCGGCCGCUCCGAUUGGCUGAUCGAGAAAUGCACGGAGCUAGGAGCAGUGGGGUUCAUUCCGCUGGUCACAGAACGGUCAGGGGGGAAGGGUGAAGGGCGGGUGGACAGAUGGGAGCGAGUGGCGCUGGCUGCUGCUAAGCAGAUGCAUCAUAGUCUACUCCCCUCUCUCUCGUCCGCCCCUCCUCCUCCUCUCUCCCUUCCACCCCUCGCCUCUCUUCCGCCCACUCCUCUCUCUUUCUUCCUUCAGCCCCUUGUCUCAUUCCCUUCCACCCCUCGCCUCUCUUCCGCCCACCCCUCUCUCUUUCUUCCUUCAGCCCCUUGUCUCAUUCCCUUCCACCCCUCGCCUCUCUUCCGCCCACUCCUCUCUCUUUCUUCCUUCAGCCCCUUGUCUCAUUCCCUUCCGCCCCUCAUCUCUCUCCUGUCCGCCCUUCAGGUCAGUCCAUCCAUCGACCCUCAUCCACGAUUUCACCUCGCUCAACGACCUAACCAAGCAGGUAUGUGGUGUGCGGAUGCGCGCCUGUGA